AUGCCAUUCACCUAUGGUAAUCUCUAUGGAUUAUCUGAUUCAUGCAAAGUUAAAUGUAUCGAUUUUAGUGGCAACAAAAAAUUCCAAUUCACUGUCUCUGAAGACUUCUACGGAUAUGAAUUCACUGGCAACAGUAAAAUAUGGACUCCGAAAAAUUUAGAUGGCAAAAAUGAACCUUACACUGUUUUUGAUGAAGUAGUUGCAUCUGCAGAAGACACAUUCAAACAGACUGAGCGAAAAAAAAUGAGUGGAAUUCAUUCAGAUACUGAUAUCUCAGAAGUCGAAUUAGCUGAUGAAAACAGUACAAUACUAUUAAAAGAACAUACUCUUGACUCUCGAACUUCCUUUCAUUUUCGACCUAUUACCGAAGUAACAUCGUCAUUAUCCUCAUCAUCAUUAUCUUCAUCAUCAUUAUCAUCAUCGUCAUUAUCAUCAUCAUCAUUAUCAUCAUCAUUAUUAUCAUCAUCAUCAUUAAAAACAGGUACCGUCCCACCAGUUCAAAUAUAUACUUCUAAAACUUUCAAGUAUUUUAGGAUCAUAUCUGGAUUCACUUUGGUGACAGCCUUACUGGACAUCGGAAGAGGUGACUGGUGGGAGUAUCGGCGUCCACUAGAAAAGUAUUAUACCUAUUUGGAAAACAUCUUGAGGCUAAAGGUUAACUUAGUAAUCUUCGUGAACCAAAAAAGUGUGGAGCAUGUUUCUGCCAGAAGAAAAUUCUAUGGCUUAGAACGCUUAACUAAGGUAAUUCCAAUAAGUUUGCAAGAUUUACCUUUGUAUCGCUAUAUUGAAAUGGUAUCUGAAAUAAUAUCAAAUGAGCAGAGGGCUUGGAAUCCACAAUGGGAUUCUGCUAUGCGAACUCAUCCUGAAGCAAAAAGCCCCGAAUACGAUAUUUUGGUAAGUAAUCCAUUCAACAGCAGAUAUUUUGCAUGGUUAGAUGCAGGAUAUGGGCAUGGAAAUCGUUCGGUAUUUCCUGUAUCCUUUCAGUGGCAACCUACUUUUGUACCUGGAAAAGUUUCUGUUAUAAAAGUAACUUCACAACACGAUAAUUUAUUUUCCUACAAACUAGCCGAUUUAUAUCGCAAAAAUUGGGCAGUAAUUAGCGGUGGAUUUCUUGGAAGCGAUAUUUAUACGAUCAAUCGGUUUUACAUGUUGCAUCAUCACUUGGUAGUGGAUUUUAUUUACCGUGGAUUGAUUGACGACGACCAGACAAGUCUUGUAUUGCUGAUUCAACAGCAUCCGUCGUUGUUUCACAUUGUUCACGGUGACUGGUUUGAUGCAUUCCGAUUAUUUCCUUAA